AUGGCUCGCAACCGAUCCGCCGGCCGUGCCCCCGUCUCCCGCGCUCCCACGCGCCCUACCGCUGCCGCUCCCGCUCCCCAGCAGCAACGGCCUGCCGCCACCAUGGCUGCUCCCCCAAUGCAGUCCCAGGCUCCUCCUAUGCAGGCUCCCGUCUCUCAAGGCCCCGGCCUGUUCGGACAGAUGGCCAGUACCGCUGCGUAAGUAGAAUUACGAUUAUAACUCCGAGGACCGGCCUAUAUCUGGCAUCCGGAUGCCUUCCCGAGGGACCUAAGCCUCGGUCGAGCAUCGUCAGCAAAAAACACAUUGCUAACGGAAUGUUUGUCUCUUCUAGUGGUGUUGCCAUUGGCUCCUCUGUCGGCCACGCCAUCGGUGGCCUCUUCAGCGGCGGCGGCUCCUCCGAGCCUGCUCCCGCUCCUCAGCAACAGGUCCAGGCCGCCCCCGCACAGCAGGAGAACUCGUGGGCUCAACAGAACAACUGCUCAGGCGCCGCCCAGUCCUUCACCCAGUGCAUGGAUGACAACAAUGGCAACAUGCAGAUCUGCAACUGGUACCUCGAGCAACUGA